AGUAUAAGAAUAUAACAACUAAAUUUCAAUUUAAUAUUUUCCUCAAAAAUAAACAUAGAAGUUGAAUUUAUUUGGCAUAUAUCAUUUGACAUAAAAUAUUUUAUUUUAGAAAGAUAGAUUUAUUAAUAUAUGUAAACAUACUAGUUGGUGUUUUAUUUAUAAAUAAAUACAUCCAAAAUGGCUAUUAUAGCUAAAAUUAUUAAUUAAUGAAUAUGUUAUAUAGCAUAUUAUUUUUAUUGUUUUUCUAUCUAACCGCAAUAUGAGCAACCAAAAAACGACAGAAUUACAACCGUCGAUCUAUAAUCUUAAUGGAUUCUUGCCCAUAAUAUCUCAGACAAGUAAGAUAUAUAUACAUAUAAUCUAAGUGAUAUGUGUGUGUUUUAUGUUAUUUUACUACAUAUAUCUAAUAGUGUUUUCUUUUCCUAUUUGGUUGACUACUUAAUCGCUACGAUUACGGAAGUCCAAAGAGCUGACUUUGUAUCUAUUGAAUUUUGAUGCAAUGAAAUAUUUUUCUCCAUUACCUUACCUCUUUGUUAAUUGAGGAUCCAUUUCUACCAUCUCCAUACACUUUUUAACUCAUUUCUUUAUAAUUGUAACUUGACUUAUAAGUAAUUUGGGUUGGCUCCAUUUUCUAAAAUUUCGGUUUGCUAAUUCUGUAUUAAAAUUACUGAGCUAAUACACAAAUUAACCUUAAACAUUUUUUACCAGAUAAUAAGUCAGAGCUACUGCAAGUAGAAACGCUCUCGUGUUAGAACCCUAGCUCGGCGGCCGCCAUCCCUCGCGGUCGCCGGAUCUAAUCCUGAAAGCUGUAUUGUCUCCCUUUCCCUUCUUAGAUCUCUUCUCCUCUUUCUUUUAGAGCUGCUCCAUUUGCCCGUGUGCUGAAUAUACUCUAUUAGAGCUUUUGGUUUCUCAGAUCUGUGAACCUCUUGUAGUUCUGGGUGCGUAGAGUGGUGUUUGUCGGUGGUGGUUAAGGGUUGGUCCCUUCUCCGGCCUCCAUUUGCGUCUCCUAGCGAGGUAAAAGUCUGAGCCUUGGUGUCUCUGUUGUGAUGUGGCGGUUGUGUCUACAAUCGGUUUUGGGUAGUGUUGCAAUUCUUUGUUAGGGGUUGAACCCGGUUAAUCUGUCUUGGAUUUUAGAGUUGGUCUUGGUUGGUCUUUGAUUCUGCAACGGUGAAGCAGUGAGGUGGUGUUGUUGUGAGGAGCAGUUGAAGGUUUUAGGGGUUUGAGAUGAAGACAAGUUCAGUUCAUCUCUUCACCUGCCGUGUUUUAAAGGUAUCAUAUUCUCGCCCUUUGAAUAAGUGUUGUUCCUGGUUUGCCUUUGGUUGUUCUUCCUCGGUGGCUUCAACUAGUGAAGCAAUAAAAUGAGGUCGAAGUGUGGAGGUGUCCAGAUGAAGGGGCGAUUGAAGAUGGAAUUUCACAGGUGUGGUUCCCCCUGGUUUUAUGUUUGGCCUAUAGAGUUGUGGUUUGGUUGUUGUCAUCGUGAACAAGUGGUUCAAAUGAGGUCUUUGUGCUCUGGUGUUGUCAUCUGGGACAGGAGGUUCAGAUGAGGUUUCUGUGGUUUGGUGUUGUCAUCUUGAACAGGAGGUUCAGAUGAGGUUCUGCUCUCCUUAACAAACUUUGCGUGCUCGCUUGCUCAGUUCGUAGUAAGAUCUCCGGCUAGUCAUAGACAAUUAAGUCUUUGUUCUGUUAUCCAUUGUUGUUUAACUUUUGGGUUUUUGAGGGAAUGUAAGAGUUUAGGUGAUGUUUCGGUAGUUUGAACAAGACCCGCUGUUUGGGUUAUAGCUUCCCGUGUUUGGGCUUAGUUUCCGGAGAUUUCUACGUUUUCCGCCGGCUUCAGUAUUUCACCGAUGUAUCUUUUUUACGGUAGUAAUGAAAAUUUCAGUGAAAAAAAAAAUAAGUCAGAGCUACUGUCACUGUUUUUGUUUUGGUAUUUUUCUUUAUUCCUCAAGUUAAAUUUGCAAAAAUAUCUUCUCUUUCCAAAACUAUAAAAAAAACGAAAGUCUAAACGAAGGCUACAAGUAGUUUUCAGAACAAUGGUAAGAACAAUAAUAUUAUAAAUUUUUGAUGUUAAUUUUGUGAUGUGCUAACGUUGUAGUUAAUUUUGUAGUUUACCGAAUGUUGAAUUAUUGUAUUAAAAUAUUUUAGAUUAUGACAAAAUUAAAAAAAAAUUCAACCAAUUAAACAUCAUAACUAAAAAUUAAUUGAUUUUUGUUCACUCUGCCCAUCAGUUUAUAUAUAAUUUCCAAUAACAACAAAAAAAUGGAUACUAAUUUUUUUGAAAUUUGUAAAAGAAAACCAAUGAAUAAUUCAAACUACUUUUAUAAUUGUUUAGCUACUUAUAUAUUUAUUAUAGAUUAUAAUAUUUAUAUAUUAAAAUUAAUAUAAUUAAAAUUAAAUUCUAAACAAAAAUCUCAGGCGUAACCCGGGCCUACCCUAGUAUUGAAUAGCGUGUUGUAGUGAAUCCUUAGAGCAUGUUUAUUAUAGGUCUCUUAGGUUGGUCUCUUAUCGUAAUAUAAGAUACAACCUCUUAGCUUUUAACUAAAAAAACUAAGAGACUUCUCUUAAAUAAGAGAUAUAAGAGACGACUCUUAGUUUUUUUAGUUAAAAGCUAAGAAACCGUAUCUUAUAUUACGAUAAGAAAUUCAACCUAAGAGUUCUGCAAUAAACAUGCUCAUGCUCUUAGAUGGUUAAAGAAUCUGCUUAUCACUAAUGUAUUACAAGAUCCAGACCCCCAAAAUAUUGUGAUAAAACCAGAUUACGUUUCUAACUUUAUAUUAUGUUCAUACAAUGUUUUUAAUCUCAUACAUAAUAACUGAUAUAUGCCUAGAUUCCGAAACCCGAAAAUAUAACAUACAUCUGUAUUUUUCUUCUUUAGUAGUGUGAUAAAAGAAAGAAAUCAUAUUGUAGCUAGAGUUGGUAACAAGAAUGAAAGGUUCCAUUUUACGUAGAUUUCUUGACAUACAGAAAAAUAAUAAGGAAUUGGUGGAAUUAUAAUAAAUGGAGUGAUAGGAAUCAAAUUGUUUUAUUAUAAAUCUAUUUGAGAAAACUCAUUUUUAUUAUUUCAAAUACUAAACAAAAAGAACAGAAGAAGCAUAAAAGGCUAGCAUCCAGCUAAACAAGAAGAUGGCUUCCAUAAAUACUGCGUUUAAGGCUUUGUGUUUAUCUCUCUUGUUCGUCACCGUCUCAAGUUCUUCGGCCACUGAACCAAAAGUCUUCGAUGUCCAAAGCUAUGGUGCAAAAGGCGACGGUACAGCGGAUAAUGCAAAUGCGUUUACAAAUGCGUGGAGAGAUGCAUGCGCAUGGAAGGGACGUAGCAAAGUGUAUGUACCAAAAGGAGCCUUCUAUCUUGGUGGCGUAACGUUUGCUGGACCAUGCAAUUGUCAGACUUAUUUUGUCAUCGAUGGAGUCUUAUUGGCUCCAACGAAUAACGACGACAUUAAAAAGGAGACAUGGGUGAAUUUCGCCUACAUAAACUAUCUCACCAUCUCUGGCAGCGGUACCAUCGAUGGUCAGGGAAAAGAGUCAUGGCCAUUUAAUAACUGCAACAAGAACGAUAAUUGUCCUAGACUUGCUGUGAGCAUGGGAUUUGAUUUCGUGAACAAUUCAAGGAUCGAAGGGAUAACAUCACUAAACAGUAAAGCAGGACACUUCAAUUUUUACUUCGUUGAUAAUUUCACCAUCGCCGGUGUCAACAUAACAGCUCCCGGCGAUAGCCCCAACACUGACGGGAUCAAAGUAGGCUUUUCAAGCAAUAUUAAUAUCUCGAACACUCACAUUGGCACAGGGGACGAUUGUAUCGCUAUCCUCUCUGGAAAUACAAACUUAUUUAUCUAUAACGUCACUUGUGGUCCUGGACAUGGGAUCAGUGUUGGAAGCUUGGGAAAGAACAAGGACGAGAAGAAUGUUGAGGGCUUAACGGUUAGAAAUACGGUCUUUACUGGCACUAGUGACGGUAUUAGGAUCAAGACAUGGGAAUCUUCGGCUACAGAGAUUGCAAUAUCCAACUUCCUAUAUGAGAAUAUACAAAUGAUCGAUGUUCAAAGCCCUAUAAACAUCGACCAGCAGUAUUGCCCUUACCCGCCAUGCAAAAAAAAGGGAGAUUCUCAUGUUCAGAUCCAAAACGUGACGUUAAAUAACAUUUGGGGAUCAUCGAUGAACAAAGAAGCUGUGAAAUUUCAAUGUAGCAAACUCUUUCCUUGCAAGAAUGUUCAAUUAAUUGACGUAAACUUAUCGUACAGUGGAAACGGCGGGCCCGCAACGGCGUUAUGUGAGAACAUUGAAGGUUCUGCCUCUGGCAAGAUGGCUCCACCAAAUUGUCUGAACUGAUUGGUCGAAACAACCGCCAUUUUCUUGUACAUCAUUGCGGUGUAAUACAUUAAGGGAUUAAUUUGUAAGAUAAUCAUUAGACUAUAUACCAUGGUUGAUUUAUUCAACACCCUUCUUUUCUUUCCAUUUAUUCAACGCCCCGAUUUCCCGGGAUCCGACAGGGUUACCGAAAAGGGGGUUAUCGACACGUGUUUACUCAUUUAGACAACCCUACGUGUCCCGUUACUAGUCCCAAGAGUCGACGGACGCAUAACCUUCUUUGAAAUACCGUCACACCCAUAUUCAUAUACUUCUACUUACAAUCUUGCGCACAGGGAAAUGGAAAGGGAGGAAAUGAGCAACAAGUUAUUCAGUGAAAUGACUAUAGACCAGCCUGCCCGCAAGACUCUCUAUACUACUCUAUGCGGGAACUAGGGCUGACUAGCCACUACAGUCAAUAAAUGCAACCUAACAUUUCCUAACAACAUCAUUACCAAUCAUUCACAGUUCUCUACAUUUCUAACAACCUAACGAUCACCCAAUACAAUGAUCUCACUCAUUGUCACAUACAUCAAUCCAUAGACUCUGACCGACUCAACAUACACGACCGUCUUGAACCUACGACACCAAUACGCUUUUUAUAUCCCGCUUCUCGCGGUAGGCACGUUUGACCAAGCCUCUUCUAUGGCCUAAGUAUGAGAGUCAUAUUGCAGCUAUGUGUAUUAAAUCGUUAUGAGAAUAGAUGAUUAUAGUACAAGUGGAAGAUUGUUGGGAAUGUCCUAAAAUCAUUUGUACUUACUCUUGAUAAAGUCGUAACGUCAAGGUUCGACAAUCGUAUAAUAUUAGGUGGUUAUAAUAUUUUGCUAGAAACCGCUUAUAAUUUAUGAAUUGUGAAUUCAUUGCUAAUAGUAUAUGAUCCUAUAGGGUCACACACCUAAACAAAUUGGAUCAUAAAUAUUUGGGGUUUUAUACAUUUAUUUAUAUUAUAUAUGAUAUAUAAUAUGAAUGUAAUAUUAUAUAAUUUUCAUAUGCACCUAAUGUUCAAUGGUUGCACGUGGGCUAAGCAAUUAAUGAAAAUGGGCUUAGUCUUUUAUUCUAAUGAGAUUAGAAUUAGUUACUCUCAUAUCAAUUAUACAAGGUGGCAAGGUGACUUGUUAAUUGUAAAACAAAACGUGGCCGACCAAUACCAAACCCAAAGAGACAAUAGAGUUUGUCAAGUUGUUUGAGAUUUGAUCUCGACGGUACUAGCAUCCCUUAUCGAUCCAGUUUGUAUGCGUGUGGAUACUGGUAGAGGCACGACGUUUGGAGUGCUUGAAAUCUCGACUUGGUUUAUUCAUCUUUCCCCUGCGAAUAACUAGGUAUAUUCAAAACCGUAAGAUCUAGAUUUAUUUCAGUAUUGGCAUGAGAUUCUAGGCAAACUGAAUUCAUAAGUAGAUUUAUAAAUCGUUAUAAACCGGUAUGAAUUCCAACAAUUCUAGUUAGGAGGGGUCCAAAAAAACCUCCAGACAUCAUCCAUGAAGACACUCAGUUGGAACUGUUGAGGGAUUGCGAACGACCUCACAGUUCGACGCCUUACGGAGAUGUGUCAGAAGCAUCGCCCAGGACUUGUGUUCCUUUCUGAGACGAAGAACCGAAGGCUGCUGUUGCAAAACAUUCAGGCCAACUUAGGAUUUGAUCAUUUGUUUACUGUUGAGCCAGUUGGACUCAGCGGAGGUUUAGCUUUAUUUUUUAUGGAUGAAUUACAAGUUAAUGUUUUAUUUUCGAAUAACCGUAUGAUUGACAUUGAAGCAGUCAUUGAUGGAAUAAAAGUCUAUAUGACGUUUGUUUAUGGGGACCCUGUAUUAGAGAGACGAGAUCAAGUUUGGGAACGUCUUACGCGAUUCUCAACAACAAGAAAUGGACCUUGGUUCAUGAUAGGAGAUUUUAAUGAAAUCACAUGUCAUAAUGAGAAAGAAGAAGGGAGACAACAUCCUGAUAGUUCAUUCCUCCCCUUUAAGCAGAUGCUUAACGACUGUGGGAUGCUAGAGUUUCCUUUCACGGGGGACAUGCUCUCUUGGGUAGGGAAGAGAGCAGGAGGAACAACAAUUCGAUGUCGCUUAGACAAAGCAUUAGGAAAUGCCGAUUGGCAUGAGAAGUUUUCCCACUCGACUGUGAAGUAUAUGAGGUUAUGGGGAUCAGACCAUAGCCCGAUUCUUGCAGACAUACUCAUAAAGCCAACGAGAAAAUAAAAAAAAUUCAAAUUCGACAGAAGAUGGCUAGACAAUGAGGAACUAAGGCAAGUCAUUCUGGAGGGAUGAAAAUCUCCUGAUCUUCCCCCCAAUGCGACUAUAAUGGAACAUAUCUCCAGCUGCCGAAAAGCCUUGAGUGACUGGAGGAAACAACACAAUAUUAACUCGGCGAAGCUAGUGGAGGAGCUCAAGGAGAAAGUCAAGGGUUUAUACGCAGGCGAUAAUGCGAUGACUGAGGAAAUUGCAGCAGCGUUGAAGGAACUCUCGGAUGCUCUUAAAGCAGAAGAAAUGUUCUGGAUACAGAAGAGUAGAGUGUUUUGGCUGAGAGAGGAAGAUAAAAAUACAAAAUUCUUCCAUGCCUUAACGAAGCAGAGGAGAGCAAGGAACAAAAUCACGCAGCUACUGGAUGCAAAUGGUAACAUAGUUGAGGACGAGGAAGGUCUGGUAGCAAUUGCUACUGAUACCACUCAAAUUACCCUAAGGAGUGAAUUACUCUCUCAAAUAAGAGGUUCAGUUGCAGUACUUAGGGAUCGAAUCCACAAGGAGCUAGGGAACCUAUUAAAUAUACUCAAGUUAUUAAUUCUAGGUGUUUGUUGUUUUAUGGUUUAAAAGUAAAUAGCAAUCCUAAUUGAGCAAGUCUAUUGCUCGACUAACAAGAUGAUUGGGGGUGUAACUUUAUUGGAAGAUAUUAGAUGCAUGGUUUCUAUUCAGG